AUGAUCAGUGCACAAACGGAGAAUAGCUGCGAACAAAGCGAGGUUCCAGCAACUGAAGAUGAAAUUCGAGUGCGAAAAGAUUUCAUUUUACACGGCCACCUUCUUGCAACUCACACGUCGUCCAACCAACCUCACUGUUUCUUGCUAUGUUCCAAUAAUUGCCAAUGUCUAUCGUUUAACUACAAUGGAGGGGACGGAUCGAUAGUUGGAAACUGUGAACUCAAAGGGGCUGCCUCAUACACAAAUACCCACUUUUUCAAGCACAAAGAAGGAUGGACUUAUUUUGAGAUAGUUCGGAAUAACUUGGCAAAGGUAACAUAAUGUUGGGCUCGAUUUCGUGACUAGAGGAGAUAAAAAAAUAUUAAAAAUAAAAAUAUUAAAGGAAGAUAGAUUUAUAAAAAGAAGAAGGAAAUCAAAACUGGCCGAGUUUGUGGCCGAGCGGUUAACACCUCGAACUACGGAGCUGGAGGUCUGGUGCUCAAGCGUCGCCCGUCGUUGAUUCUUUAGUCAAGGAACUUUAUUUCACUUUGUCUCUCUUCAUCCAGGUGUAAAAAUGGGUACCGGCGAAAUUCUGUUGGGGGUUAACCUGCGGUGGCCUAGUAUCCUGUGCAGGAGUGAGUAGCAAUGCCCCUUGGCAUGCAUCAUGCUCAACAAACAGGGAAAAGCUCCGGCCGUUAGGGCCUUUGGCUCGUGUGCGCAAUUGUACUUUUUACCUUACACCACCUACCGCUUAGCAGCGGCGCUCGUAGAACAAGCCGCGCCCUACCCUACCUCUGACAUAAGAUAGGGUACAGUUUUUCCAUUAUGUGAAGCCCUUUGUAAGCCGUUGGUAGAAACCGAAGCAGCUGUUUGUUGCUGGAAAAAAGAUUCAAUAGUGUUCGAGUGUUUCGAAGAAAGUCGCGGCCCUAAAAGCUAAUUCUGUUAGCCUUUUUAACAAAGGUUUCGUAUCCAUUUAUUUAUUUAUUAUUUAUUUAUUUAUUCAGUUGUUUAAUUUAUUAUAUUUAAUGUUAGUCAAGGAACCUAAUGGGAACUGUUUUAUGGGCUGGGACGUGCCCGACUUGUCCUUAGGGUUUGAUCUUAGGAUAUUGCCUAGGGCCAGAAAAAAACAUUCUGCACUUUCAACUAACGGUCCCCUUGGUCAAGUCUGAAACAGGGUUGGGAAUAUCGCAGUAUCUUUGUCUGAAAAAAGAAUCCCAGUAACUCGAACUCUGAAGGGAAACGAAAAACAGUUCGGGAUAGCGGGGAAUUCUAGUUAUCGGGGUAAACUUCAGUGAAAUCUUGAUCAAGGGAACUUAGUUCGAGUUAGCGGGGAAUUCGAGUUAUCCGAGUUCGAGUUAUCGAGCAUCUACUGUAGUAGUAUACGGCUUAUUAUCGAACUCAGAAAGCAGUGAACGCCUGAAAAUUUUCAGGAAUGUUUAUUGCGUAGUGACCAAUCACAAUAAAGUUCAGGACACGGGAACGAACCACAUAAACCACAAACCAAUUACCGAUGCCUUUUGCGGUUUAGUUUUCUCACACCUUACUAGCUUUUUCUUUGCAACACAGUAACAUUCCAUAAAUAUCUCUGGUGUUGACGGUUCUCUGAGUUUCUCACAGUGAAAGGGAUAUUUUUUUACUUUGUAGCAGAGAAAAUUAAGCUGUCCAAGGGAAACUUGUCACAACGGAUGUUGUCGAUCAAAUCCAUGCAAAAAUGGUGCCACGUGUCGUGAGGUCUGUGACGUCAGAGUUAGACGUUAUAAUUGCGCAUGUACGCCUGGCUAUUAUGGUCAUAGAUGUCACAAACCCCUUCGUUCAUGUCACGAUGUCUUAGUUUCUGGGAGACAAGUGAAUGGAAUUUACUAA